AUGCGUUCUCUGAUUGUAUUGUGUCUGGUGGCCACAGCUUGUGCCCAAUAUAAUUAUGGUGCUGGUAUCAGUGGUGGAAAUUAUGGAGCAGCCAGUAGCGUAACUCCCUCUUUUGCACCUCAGAGUUCAACUGUAGAAAAAGAGUUUUUCACUUUUACUGCAAACGAUGCCGAUUUCAAUGAACCCGCUGCCACAAACAACUACAACACCGCUGCCAAGCAAAAUCUCCGUGUUAUCUUCAUCAAGGGCCCCGAAAACAAAGGUUUCGAAGAUGCUGUCCUCGGUUUGGCUAAAAAGGCUGCCGAACAGAGGACUGCCAUUUAUGUGCUCAACAAACAACCUGACCUCGCUGGAUUGGCUGAAAAAUUGAAAAAUGCCAACAACAAUGUCAACCACAGACCCGAAGUUCACUUUGUCAAAUACCGCACCCCUGAAGAUGCCGCCAAUGCUCAAAGAGCCAUUCAAAGUCAAUAUGACAGUUUGGGUGGUACCUCUCAAAGCUUCAACGGUGGCGUUGCACCCGCCUUAAACUUUGCUUCCCAGGGAUCUUUUAGCGCCAGUUCUGUUCCAGCCAUUUCUUAUGUUGCUCCUGCUUCUGGCGCUGCCUUGAGUCAAAGCUAUUUACCAGCUUCACUUUUGCGUCGUCUCCGUCAUAAAUAA